GCAGCAGGCACAGACCCACAGUUCUGCAGGGUGACAAGGUGAGCCUGUGCUUUCACCUGUGGUUCACAGGCUGCUGGAAGAGGUGUGGAUACUCACGAACCCUACAUCUCCAGAAGGAAGUGUGUGGGACCAGGGGAACCCCUGCUUCCACAAAGGGGAUGUGUUCUUGCAGCUGCACUUCCUGGGGGGCUGGUGAGAGACUGGAGGUCACACAAGUGUUGUUAAUGUGGUUCCAUGUGGGGUGAGAGCUUGUGGACAUUGUUACAUAAAGAUGGUUAGAAAUGUAGGUUCUGAUCCUGCCUGCAGCCUGUUGUGGACAAAAUAAGAGAAUCACAGAAUGCCUUCUACAGAGAGCUCGGACUUGUCCUCACUUGUAAGCAGUUCUGUGCACUGAUCUUCUGAAGCUUCAGCUGAAAUGCCUGUGCUGUUGCUAUGAGGUGCAUAUCAUCUCAGUCUCUUCAGAGGACUAUGAGAUCCAGCUGGAAUUUUUAUCUUAAGGGAAUCCCUAGGGACAAUGUCCAGCAGGAGUUUCAUUUGAAUUGCCCAGAAGAAUUGCUAGAAGCAUGAAAUGAAAAAGCUGCAGCAUUUUAUGGCAAGACCAAGGAAAAUGUCAUGAUCUGUCAUGCACAGUGAAUCUGGUAACAUCCAGAGAUCUUUUCUGGCCUUCAACCCAAAAUGCCAGGUCAUAUUGAAAUCCUCUUCCUAAAGCUGCAUUCUUUCUUCCAGCAGAAUUAGUUCAAAACCAUGUUGGCAAGUUCUCUGUCAUGCUCAGGAAUUCUGGGCUCAGGAUGCACAUGGGCACUGCCCAGACUCAGUCACAGAAAUGUCUUCCUCUCAUUUUUGGCUCCAUUUUGCAGGCUGUGCUCAGUGGGUUUAGCCCUUUGGUAGCAAAUGCCAAAUAUACCUGCCUGUGCAUGUAUUUCCACACACAUGGACCCUCAGCAGGAGAGAGCAGCACCAGAGAGGGAAGGCCAUGUAUGACCUGAGAAACUGCCUGAGACUGUGCAAAGGGAGAUUGUGUGAGCUGCAGAGAUGCUCCUCUUCAUUUCUUUUCCUUUGCCUUGGUGACUUUCUGUGUUGCAGUGACUAUGGCGUGAAGUGUCUGGGCAGGGUAAUGAUGGAAGUUCCUCAAUUCCCAUGUGCUGUGGGGUACACCCAGGAUAUGGCUUUUUCAGCACAUCAGAUUAGAGCCUGUGAAGGCCCCUCACCAGUGUGGAAGGUGCCCUGUGCAGGAGGAAGGCUGUUUGUGGCCACACUGGUAACAGGGAUCCUUGGAGAAGGGUGAUCCUCUUGUAGAGAUAAUGAAUAGCCAAGGGAGAAUCAGUCCUGGAACUGCAGCAGAAGAGAGAAGCUGCCCCUGGCUGAACAUCUGGGUCUUCCUUAUUUUUGUCCUUCCAAUCAAAGCUGCCCUUGUGACCAUCUGCCUUGUGGUGGUUCCCUUCAGCCACAGCAGUGACCAGCCCUCAGCCCUGCAGCAGCAGUUCUCAAAGUGGGAGUGCGACUCAGCGGUGCCACAAGGCACAGAGCGAGGCUGGACGUGCUGCCCAAAGGGCUGGAGAAGGUUUCAAAGAAGCUGCUAUUUCCUGUCCCUUGAUAGGAUGAAUUGUGCUGAGAGUGUACAGAACUGCACUGGGAUGGGCUCCCAGCUGGUGGUGAUCACCAGCAAGGCAGAGCAGGAAUUCCUCUACAUGCAGAUAAGUCAACCUGUGGGAAGAGAUAAUUUCUACAUUGGUCUGUUUGAGAUGAAGGUGGGCCAGUGGCAGUGGAUGGCAAUGACUCCAUACAAUGGGACACCCACGUUCUGGCGACAAGGAGAACCAAGUGAUAACCUUGAUGGGAACUGCACUGUAAUGGAUGUGGUUGGAGUAACACUUUACAUCUGGAAUAAUGUCAAUCCAGAUAGGAUGCAUCAUCGAAUUUGUGAAGCUGCAGCAGUAAUUGUGUGAUGGAAAUAUCCCUGUCCUGAGUAAAGCUGGGAGCUGAGCAGGCAGCUGGGAAAGCACUGGCUGUGCUGGGAACAGUGGGGAGGUCUGACACAUCUUCACUGCGUGGGGUGGGACCAUGUGUGUGGAAGUGCAAUGAGCUUUGUCCAGCAUCCCCAGUGCAUGUGGUGGCUCAAGGAACACAGGGAGGCUCAGGCUCUUCAAAGCAGGUUUUGUGUUCUUGUGUCUUCUUCUCUCUGAGUGGCUCCAGGAGCCUGUGGCAGAAAAGAGAUGGACUUCUCCAGGAGAAAGGCACAGGAGUGGAAGUCAGAUAUCCAGAGAUUCAAUGUCCUUUGUCUCCUUGAGCAGAGCUGUUUGCUUUUUGUUGAGUCACAUGCAAAAUGUCCUCUAGCUGUACUGGUUUUGCUGAACAACUUCUGAAAUCUUAGAGAAGAGAAAAUACAGAAUUAGAUGAAUGAAAAAAGACCAUGUUAUUUAUGUGCAUAUCUCUCUUUUCUUGUCCACCUCUUAGCUGUGGGAGUAUAAUCCAGAAAUCAUGGAAUGGUUUAAGUUUGAAUGGACUUUAAAGAGUAGUCUAGUUUCAAGCCCCCUAGGUCAAGGGCAGGGACACCUUCUGCUAGACCAGGUUGCUCAUAUCCCCAUCCAAGCAGGCCUUGAACAUAUUUCAGGGAUGGGACAUCCACAGCUCCUAUAGGCAAAUGGUUCUAGUGCCUCACCACCACAUAGUAAUGUAUUCCUUCCCAAUAUGUAAUCAAAACCUGCCCUCUGUCAGUCUAAAGCCAUUCCCCUUUGCCCCAUCACGACAUUCUUGUGUACAAAGUCCCUCUCAGCAAGGCUAUUUCCGCUGCUCUAGUAUUGACACUUGUAGGGAUUUGACUUCAUUCCAUGGGAUACAGUUAAUAACACAAGCAGAUGUGAAGAAGUGUCACAGGCAGCUGUGAGAAAGCAGCUGUCAGCUGAGACCUGUGGUGGUACCAGAGAACUGGAGAAUUGCAGUGCUGCAAAUAUCCUCCCUUCUCUUUCCUGGUGUCCUGGUCCUCUCCAGGUUCCCAAUGCAGAUGUGUAUCUCACGCAGAACUAACUCCUUCUCUGAUGCCACUUGAGUUAAUGUCCCUUGGUGUCCUGUGGUAGGAACACAACCACCAUGCUCUUCACAGUUGCUUUGGGUCUGAAAUACUUCAUCCCUCUUCCAGUGGCCUGGACAGCAGCAAGUGUUAGAAAUAGGAGUAUGAAUGCAAACAACUGUGUGAAUUCAAUAGCUACCACUAUUUGAGGAGGCAUUUGCCUUAAGCCACUGCUGUUAAAGAAGAACAUGACCACCAGCUUAACAGUAGUGACCAGGACAUUAGGGAAAGUCUUCCAUGGCUCAGAAGAAGCAGUUUGAAAACAAAGUUUAGAAGAAUCGAGAACAGUUUGAGAGAGAGAGGAGAGAGAAUUGGGAAGGAAGUGGCCACUGAGCCCAGGCUGUUCUGCAACUUGGCCACCUCUGUCUGUAGGAAGCUCCCUGGCAGCUGUGUGCCGUGGGUGACCUCACUGGUGGUACUGAGGGGUGCCGCAGGCACAGACCCACAGUUUUGCAGUGUGACAAUGUGACCCUGUGCUUUCAUCUGUGCUUCACAGGCUGCUGGAGGAGGUGUGGAUACUCACAAACCCUCUAUCUCCAUCUGUCACAAUCUGCUAGGACAAGCAAAUUCCUGGUGGUUCUUUUCACCAAUCCCAGAAGUGCAAAAGACAAAUAGCACGGGACUAUCAGUUUAUCAUAACAAAUGCACCUUUUUUAGGGGCCAAAACAGUAAAUGCAAUAGAGGGGUCA